AUGGUUAAACCACUGACAUUUAAAGGUGAUAAAAAACCCAAAAAGCGCAAGCGUCAACAGACCGAUUCCGAUCCUUAUGAGUCUCCUUCCCGAAACCCUGAUCGCCAAAGCGCUCUCAAAGGUAUUCCCGAUGAUUUCUCAGCUGCCGACGAGGACCAGAAUUGGGUCUCUGCAGACACACCAACGGAUAUUUUAGGUCCAGUCGUGAUUGUUUUGCCGUCUAGCCCUCCCACGUGCAUCGCGUGCGAUGGCAACGGAAAGGUUUUUGCUCAUGAGAUAGAAAAUAUGAUUGAAGGCGAUCCGGGAACGGCAGAGCCGCAUGAUGUGAGGCAAGUGUGGGUUGCUACUAGAGUAGCGGGUACCGAGGGGAUUAAUUUCAAAGGACAUCAUGGGCGAUAUCUAAGCUGCGACAAAUACGGAAUUCUAAGCGCAAAUACCCCCGCCGUAUCCGCAUAUGAAUCCUUCCUUCCGAUACCCUCACCAGACCUACCGGGUACAUUUUCCUUCCAGGUGGCCGGUGGCGACAAGGAGGCAUUCAUCUCCAUAAAGGAACCCCGAGGAAGCUCUGAAUCUACAACAGCGUCAGCGAUCGAGGUGCGUGGCGAUGCCUCAAGCAUCUCGUUUAACACAACCUGCCGUGUCCGCAUGCAGGCACGUUUUAAACCUAAAUUGAAAGCGUCCAAGGAGUCUAAGGCCCUGGAGAAAAUCAGUCGCAAAGAAUUGGAAGCUGCCGUGGGGAGGAAAUUGGAAGAUCACGAGGUGAAGAGGCUGAAAAAGGCGCGAAAGGGAGGGUCUUACCAUGAGGAGAUAUUGAAUGUUAGGGUUAAGGGGAAACAUGACAAGUUUGCUUCAUGA